AUGUCCCAAGACGACGACUCGCUCCUCUCGCUCCUCAGGUUCAUCUCAGCUGUUCUCGGGGGCGUAGUGACCGGUGUGCUGCUCAGCGGGCCCAUCCUGGCUGUCCCUGCACUGUUUUCGACUCCUUCGCUCACUCCCCGCUCUCGUUUGCACGUUUGGUCCCGCCUUCACGCCGACACGACCUCGCUCGCCUCUUCCCUCCUGCCCAUCUUGACAGGCUCGCUCGCCCUUUGCGCUUUACUCGCCCAGUCUCUGCCGCCUGGUGAUGACACGCCGAACUUGAGCGGCAACAUUGUCGAAUGGUUGGAUUUGAUCCCGAGUCUCGUAAGCCAGAACCGUCGAACCCUCUACGCCCUCUGCACCAUCCUAACUCUCGCCAUCCGCCCCUACACAUUCGGCCUCCUAACCCCUCGCAUCGAGUCGCUCAAAGCCGAGGAGAGGCGGCUGAUCUUGCUGGGUGUGAACGGGUCGGAGGAGAGGGCGUUGGGAAGGAGGGGAUGGAGGGGUGCGAGUCCAACGAGGGAAUGGGAGGAGAAGGUUCGGUUGGGCGCGGGGGAGAGGGAUGGGGAGGAGAGCGAUGAGGAGGAUAAUGCGCUUGAGGAGGAGAUUGGAGGGGACGAGAGGGAGUUGUUGAGGAAGGAAGCGGUCGACACCGACUCGCUCAUCCUGCAAACCUCCCGCCUGCAACUCGGCACCGCCUUCCUAGCCGGCUCUGCAUUCGCCCUCAGCGUUCUCGAACUCGUUUGCGUGUAG